UUUUCGGUGUACAUUACUCUCUUCACCUUGUAGAUAGCUAGUUUUCUUCCAAUAUUGCUGUGAAAAUGCCAGUUCAUUAUAUUUUGUGACUUUUAGACCGAUAAUAGUGUCUGAAGGAUAGAAACAAACUUGUGCAAACCGAAAUGCUUGGAAUUAGCUUGGAAUAACAAAAUAAAUCGACGUAGUGAAGCGGCAAAUUUGACAUUUUCGUAAGAGUGAAGUCGACAUUCGACCAGUCUGGUGUUUAUUGCGUUGCCUUGAUUUUUCUCAACGUUGCGGCCAUUUUGUUAGAAGUGUGCUUGAGAUAGGAAGUCACGAUUUGGAAGUUGAAAUUCGGUCGGGAUUUUGUUCGAUUUUUCGUCGUGUGAAUUCGAUAGAAAUCACACAAAACCUGUCUCCGUGCGAAUUGCAGUGAAAGUGUACGAUCAGUGUUGAGGAGUAACGCAAAAAGUGACACGAUUUAGUCGUUUAAUUCUGCAGCAAAGAGUGAAAAUAGCAGGAUGGAGGACAAGGCGACACUCAAAGAUUUGGACCAAUGGAUCGAACAACUGAACGAGUGCAAACAACUGACCGAAACUCAAGUGAAAACCCUGUGUGAUAAGGCUAAAGAAAUACUGGCAAAGGAGUCAAAUGUACAAGAAGUAAAAUGUCCGGUGACAGUUUGUGGCGAUGUGCACGGCCAGUUUCAUGACUUGAUGGAGCUUUUUCGGAUAGGCGGACGAUCACCGGACACCAACUAUCUGUUCAUGGGUGACUACGUUGAUCGUGGUUAUUAUUCAGUCGAAACCGUGACGCUAUUAGUUGCACUAAAGGUUCGAUAUCGCGAGAGAAUCACAAUCCUCCGCGGUAACCACGAGUCCCGUCAAAUCACGCAGGUGUAUGGCUUCUACGACGAGUGUUUACGAAAGUAUGGCAACCCGAACGUCUGGAAAUAUUUUACGGACCUGUUCGACUAUCUCCCACUUACGGCUCUGGUUGACGGUCAGAUAUUCUGUUUGCAUGGCGGUCUCAGUCCCUCAAUCGAUACGUUGGAUCACAUCCGAGCGUUAGACAGAUUGCAGGAAGUUCCACACGAGGGACCGAUGUGUGAUCUGCUGUGGUCCGAUCCCGAUGACCGAGGCGGUUGGGGUAUUUCGCCACGUGGUGCCGGCUAUACCUUCGGACAGGAUAUAUCAGAACUGUUUAAUCACUCAAAUGGUCUGACGCUGGUAUCUCGGGCACAUCAACUUGUCAUGGAAGGUUACAAUUGGUGUCACGAUCGCAAUGUGGUUACAAUAUUCUCUGCACCAAACUACUGUUAUCGUUGUGGUAACCAGGCAGCAUUAAUGGAAUUAGACGAUGCACUGAAGUUUUCAUUCCUACAAUUUGAUCCAGCUCCACGUCGCGGCGAACCACACGUGACCAGAAGGACACCGGACUAUUUCCUUUAAGAAUAUCAUUAUAACGAAUAUUGUAAUACACACUACAAAUUAAACAACAAAAUAAUAUACCUAAUGAUAAAAAAUAUAAAUAAUAAUUAUAAGCAUAUAUUAUUAUUUAAAAACAAAAAAAUGGUAAAAACAGCAAAAAGUUUGUUAAACUUACAAGAGCAAAGGAGAGCGUAAUUCAAGCAACAUCUACUAAGAACGCAGGAACAAAAGUGAAAAACAUGAAGCAUCAUACGGAAACUAAUUUCUCAUCCCAUUGGCUACUCACAGACCAGGCUCCAUGGCCAUUCACUGGUGGAGUUAAAAUAGUUGAACAGUUUACUAGAAGAUAACGCAGAAACGUAGUAAAAGUGCAUAUACUCGUUCAUAAACUUACAUCAUCAAUCAUACACAGUUUUCAUUCUUACAUUCACGAGAAACAAGCACAUUCUUAUUUUAUUUUUUGUUUUGCCAUACCACGUCGAUACCAACCUAGUUGAAUUGUCGCACUUAUAUCCAUCACACGCGUAGACUCAUGUCUCCUAUGAUGUAGGUCACCAUUAAGUCCACCUAGAUAACCAAGAGCAGAUACAGUUAGCAACAGCGUUGUGUCAUUAUGAAUAACAUUUAUUUUAUGGAACGCAAUAAUAGGUCACAUACAAAAUAGAAAAAAAAACACAUUUAUACUGAGCACUAGACAUUCAUUUUUGGCAUGCUUAUAACAGGAGAAGGAAAUCUUUCUCUAGACGUUUCCCCUAGUUAUACAAAUGGUAAAAAAGAUGAAUUACUCAAUCAAGUGUAUUCACUAUUGUAAUGAUCCAAGAUCAAAUACACUGAAUGCCAGCAUGUAAAAGUUGAGAAACUUUUCAUGCCUUUUCCCAAAUAUUGUAAUGCUUUAAUAAAUUUGGAAACUGAUAUACAUACUAGCAAAUUAUAAUAUUGAUGCAUUGUUCCAACACUUUUCGCUAGUUUUCUAAUGGAUCUAUCGAUUUUAUUUACUCUGGACAUAUUUGUAAGGCAUUAUCCCAUAAGGACAUUUAGGAUUAAGGUGGUACACAUAUUGAUGGUUGAUGUGCAGUAGCCGAAAGUCUGACUUAGUAUGCGGUACAUUGUAUUUGUUUUGAUAUGAUAUCGCACGGCCGGUAAAUGAAAGCUGGGAACGGUUUUUUUAAAUAGUGAACUUGAUACUGGGAGAUUGCUGAUGCCACGGGUGUGACUUGGUGUAGGAAUAGGUUGUAGACUUAAUGUACCAGCACGUUGUUGCUCUCAUGUCGUGGUGCAGUUAGAGGCUGUUAAGUUCUUAUUCCGUUGUUUCAUAGAGAAAGAUUUCAUUUCUCCCAACAACAGCGCUGUAGUUGUUUUCUAUUGAAAUUACUCUAAACCAGCUGGGGGCAUAAAUCAAGAGACUUUUUUGAAUGCUUAUAAAAAGCCAAAAUCUAACGAGCUAAAAAAAUGCGAAAGAGAAAUUCAGAAACAAUUUGUAUUACUUAUUACUAUUAGCAAUUGCGCGAGUACGUUUUUUGUUUGAUAUUGUGGAAGAAAGGGAGAGUAGCAGGGAAAUGCAUAAAAAUACAAUCAUGCAUUAAAGUUGAGGAGUGAAUGAGAAAUCAAUAAAUUCACGUUUUAAUAAACGAAAAGUAAAACAA